AUGUUUUACAGCAAUGACAUCCUGACCAAUCCUCGGCAUGGCGUCUCUACCAUCUGGCUCGUCGCGACAGUUGGUCCGCGGGGCGGCGCCCUGAAGGUCACCCGCAAGGCUAUUCAGGAGGUUAAUGUGAGAAAAGCAUGCGAGACGAUCCUCCAGCCGGGCGCGCCCCUGGCCCUGCGUGUUCAGGGCAAUUUGUUGUAUGGCGUGUCGCGGGUUUUUGCACAGCAGUGCGUCUAUGUCCUGGGCGAUGCGGAAAAAACCCGGACUGACAUGCAAAUGUUCUAUCAACUCCUCGCACAAAAUGACACCGACCCCAAGGCUGGUCUAGUUGAACGAGAGCAGAUUUUACUUCCAGACGACCCGAGCUUUGUUCUAGACCCUGUCAUUCCCGCUUUCAACUUGAACGGGGGUGGCACUGCCUUCAACACAAGCCAGUCGUCUUCAAACAAAGAGUUCUCGCAACUCAGCCUUGUGAACAGCAGCAGCAUCCACAGCGGGCGGGCAGGCUCAAUCAUGAGUUUCAACCUAUCUCAAUCUGAUGGCGGCAGCCUCUUCCUGGCUUCUCCAUUCAGAGUCGAUUCAUCGGCUAAGAGAAACACACUCCAAGAACGGAUCGCCCCUCUGGAGCAAUCGAACGACCUGGAGGGCUCCAGCGACAUUAUGUUCGAUAUCGACGAUGAGGGCAAUAUCAUUGGCAUCGCAGAUCCCUUUGAGGAGCCCCGUCUCCCCGAACUCCUUCCCAACCUGAUUCAACAAGACCAAUUCAUAAACAAUGACAUGGCCAUGGCCCAAGAGGAGAUUCCAGCUUUCGGCGACGAUAACCCACUUCAACCACCUCCUAACGAGGACGACGUCCCUAUGCUUGAGAAAGAGCCAGGUAACGCCAUGUCAGCCCAGCAGCAGCUCUAUUCACCUAUACCCCAGCCGGACCCAGAACAAGAGGAACCCGUCCCCGGCACCAAAGGGCCAGAUGCACGCUCGCCAACGCCCUCUGACAUCGAAAAAAGCCGUCGAAGGUCUGCGACCCAAGCCUUCGAUAACGAUUUGGAAGACAAUACCAACGAGAGGCGCGUCCGGCCUCGACUUAGUGAAGAGACCCAAGAGCCCGCCCAGGGUCAACAGGACGCGGACAUGGGCUUCAUCGUUGACAACGAUGAUGAACUUCCGCCUGAAGUGGGACUGGGAGAACAAGAGCACUUUGAAGACCGCAUGUCAUCUUUAAUGAUGCCCUGGAACCGUACACCGAGCAUUCAUCGUCCAUCCUCUGUUGGCGUCUUCGGCUCAAAGCAGUGGAGCACUGGUAGUCGUCAGCCCACACUCAGCCCCAAAGUCAGCACUCGACCCUUCGAACGACGCAGCGGGAUCGGCUUAGAAAACCACGGAUCUGAACUUGUUGGCGAGUGGGGAUAUUCUCAGGACCCAUCCAUUGAUGAGGAAGUUGGUGCUGCCUUCACUGUUAACCCACAACAAGAAGUCGGUCCACAGUGGAUGCGCACUACACUCGAUGUCGACAGCGAAUGCUUCCUGCGGUACUCCUUAACGCAGGCUGAGAGAACCGGACGGGCCAGGAGUUGUGAUGGCGAGGAAUCGUCGCGUCGGUGGGUCGAAUUCGAGGAGCUCGCUCGUCCGGAAGAGCACUCCAAGGCAAUCGCCGCACAAGCAUUCUACCAUAUCUUAACUUUGCGCACCAAAGGUAUGCUUGCACUGCAACAGGAGUGGGAGAACACCCGGCCAUUCGGCAUCAUCCGUAUCGGUGUCGAGGUCCCAAAAAGAGACGAACAUGCUGUUGAGGAGUCGGUCGAGGGCGAAGACGCCUCGAUGAACAGCCACAGCAACUAG